AUGAAGGCCCUGAUUCUUCUGGCUUUGCUCGGAGCAGUAUGUAAGAAAAACAAAUCACUCUACAUGAAAGUAGACUGAUGUACAGUAGGCCUAUCCUCGUUAACUAAACUGUUUUAAAAAAUCUGCUUUGUUAAUGGAUCCAUCAUCUUAUUGCUCUUAUGAUCUACUCUUCUGUAUGUAAGUAUGAUCGUUCUUCACUCCACACCUGGUUGUUUCAGUUGCUGCCCCGGUGGAGGAGAGCGAUGAGAAGGUUGUUGGAGGGUAUGAGUGCCCUGCCCACUCCGUGCCCUACCAAGUGUCUCUGAACGCUGGCUACCACUUCUGCGGUGGCUCCCUGAUCUCCAGCCAGUGGGUGGUGUCUGCUGCCCACUGCCACAAGUCGUAAGUACUGACAGGGCUUCACUAAACUGAUGUAGGCCUAUUUGAUGUCACCCCUUGGUGUUUUAGCCUUUAAUUGGGCCCCAGAGUUUAGCCUAUAACAAGUAUGACCCACAGUCUUUCUUGAUAAGAUAAUCAUAUGGUCAGGAAAGAGUCUGGUGUAAUAGGUAAUGUACAGUUGAAGUUGGAAGUUUACAUACACUUAGGUUGGAGUCAUUAAAACUUGUUUUUCAACCACUCCACAAAUGUCUUGUUAACAAACUAUCGUUUUGGCAAGUCGGUUAGGACAUCUACUUUGUGCAUGACACAAGUCAUUUUUCCAACAAUUGUUUACAGACAGAUUAUUUCACUUAUAAUUCACUGUAUCACAAUUCCAGUGGGUCAGAAGUUUACAUACACUAAGCUUUUGUGGACAGGUGUCUUUUAUACAGGUAACAAACUGAGAUUAGGAGUACUCCCUUUAAGAGUGUGCUCCUAAUCUCAGCUCGUUACCUGUAUAAAAGACACCUGGGAGCCAGAAACCUUUCUGAUUGAGAGGGGGUCAAAUACUUAUUUCCCUCAUUAAAAUGCAAAUCAAUUUAUAACAUUUCUUACAUGCGUUUUUCUGGAUUUUUUUGUUGUUAUUCUGUCUCUCACUGUUCAAAUAAACCUACCAUUAAAAUUAUAGACUGAUCAUGUCUUUGUCAGUGGGCAAACGUACAAAAUCAGCAGGGGAUCAAAUGCUUUUUUUCCUCAUUGUAUGCCAUUUCGCAGACACUAUUUUCUAAAGCGACUUACAAGUAGUGUGUGCAUACAUUUUCGUAUGGCUGGCCCCAGCGGGAUUUCAUACAAUCUUAGAUAUGUACUUUACUUUUCAUUCACUCCAAAAUGAUGGAAUUCCUAAAACCCUCUCCUGAUCCUCAGUCGUAUCCAGGUGCGUCUGGGUGAGCACAACAUCGAGCAGAACGAGGUCACUGAGCAGUGGAUCGACUCCGCCAAGCUAAUCAAGCAUCCCAACUACGACAGUUACACCCUGGACAACGACAUCAUGCUGAUCAAGCUGAGCAAGCCUGCCACCCUCAACAGGUGAUUCAUGAGCAGUGUAGGGGAGUAAUGAACUACAUUUAGUUCAACUAGUAAUUUAGUUACAUUUUGCAGUAAUUCUGUGAUAGUUGAACUAAAUAAAAAUCUUGGUAGCGUUUUCAGUAGUUAAUGACUUUUUUGCCAUGUAGUGGUGUAGCUAACUACUGGAACUACACUACUAUUUUUUCUAAAAUAAAAUAUGGGUGAAGUAGGCAAGAAUUUACGUACUUUCUUAUUUGUCAUCAGACCUGUCUAAUUCUCACUUGAAACACUUCUUGUGUGCCUAAUUCUCACUUUUUGUGUUUAAUAGGCUAAAUUACACAUUCUGACUUGCAAUUUGUAGUCUAUGACAUUUCAGAUUUAGAUAUGAAAAUGUUCAUGAAGUAGUUUGGAUGUAGUGAACUACUUUUUCUAAGUAACUUUAGUUAAGUAAGAUAUGUUUUUCUUAAGGGUAGCUUUAGUGUAGCUUAACUUCUUCCAGUGUGAAUUAAUUGGUAGCUUGGUAAACUAUAUUUUAAGAGUAGCUUCCCCAACACUGUUAAUGAGUCACUUUAAGUCUAAGUCUUGAAGAUCCUGUUUUUGUCCUUUUAUCAAUUUAUAAAAAUGUAUUUAUUUAGGCCUAUGCCAUUUGUAUGCUCUUGGAUUUCAGUUUGUAUUGACUGCUGCUAUGUAGGUGUAAUAAAAUUUGAACUUGAACUCUACAGCUAUGUCCAGACUGUGGCCCUGCCCUCCCGCUGCCCCCAGGCCGACGAGAACUGCCUGGUGUCCGGCUGGGGCAACACCAUCCCCAAUGGAAGUAAGUGAGAGGCUGGGAACUAAAGGUAGAAGUUGCACCUAACCAUAGGCCUAGGAUGCGACUAGCCAACCCUCAAUCUUAAACUUAAAACUAUUAGGCGAAUACAAAAUAAUCUUAUCCUGUAUUAGUGGUUAGUGGCACUUUCUACAGUACCAUAACUAUGCCAUGAUAAAGAGGACACAACGUACAGGGGAAAUGAGAGGGGAGUGGGAUUUGAAGUUAAUAAGUGCUUUCUUUGAUUAAAGCAAAGUAACUUGAAGAGUAUGCUUUAUUUGUGUACAUGAUACAUAACAUUUCAAACGCAAGCGGUCUAGGGCUGACUUGAAUGCACACAACACAGCACGUCUUGUGAAGAAUACUGUAUGUUGAAUGAGAGGCUGUGUGAGUGUGGCAUAGCACAUUCAUUGAUUUAUUUCUGCUUUGCCAGACAGCUUCCCUACUAAACUCCAAUGCCUGAGGCAGCCCAUCAUCGAUCACAGAAUCUGCAAGAAUGCCUACCCCCAUCUAUUCACAGAGAACAUGGUAUGCUCCGGAUUCAUGCACGGAGGUGCCAGCAGCUGUCAGGUUAGUCGGCCUAAACCACUGAGAAAAUGUGGGACUGUUUGACUAUACUAGCAAGUUCAGCUACAGCUUUUUCCUGCUUUCAUUCUUCAUCCCCUCUACCACUUGUAUUGAUAAUAUUCUCUAACCAUCUAUGCAUCUUCUCAACACUCUCCUUUAGAUCAUCUUACUACAGUUACAGUAUUCUGUCUCCUGAGAAUAUCCACUUUAAUUCUGACCUUUUUAUCCUCUCUCUCACUCUGUCUGUGUGUGUGUGCGCACGUAGGGGGAUUCCGGUGGCCCACUGGUGUGUAAUGGUCAGCUGCAGGGUGUGGUGUCCUGGGGUUACGAGUGUGCCCAGAAGGGACACCCCAGUGUCUACGCCCGCGUUUGCCAAUACAACAUCUGGAUCAGCGAUAUCAUGAGCAGCAACUAAACACCCACACACCCACCCACCCACACACACACACACACACACAC